UUUUACCGCAGAUCUGCCUUGUUUCCGAGGCUCCGCCCCCAGCUCUGAUGACAUAAAUUACAGUCCUGACUUUCCUUCAGUUCUGUGUUGAAGCGGGUCGGCGGCGGCGGCGGAUCGUCUGUAGGAUCCGGAUUAGGAGACGACCAUCACCCCCAGAGUCGGGAAUCCGGGGGAGGGUUCACUGUCCGGGCGUGAAAACAAGUUCUCAUCGAGCAGCAAAAACUGAAAACUCUUGUCCACAAAAUGGAUCAAGGUUCAAGCAGUGGAGGAGUUCCAGUGGCGUCAGGAUCGGGAAAGGACACGGUUCCGAGCACAGCAAUCACCGAGCUCCUGGCAAGCUGGAAUGACUUCCAGCUGCUGCAGUUAACAGACUUCUACCGGGACAGGCUGGAGCAGGCGAUGGAAGGAGGGGUGAACGGAGUGAGCCUGGCGUUAACGGCCGAGAAUCAGUUCAGCGGAGAGGAACAUCGGAAAAUCUCUGAUCUCGCUGAUAAGGGAGAGCGGGCGGACAGUUCUAAACUCCUCCUGAGCCUGGUGAUGAAAGUCUCCCGCGCCCCGAGGGUGAUGUGGGAAACCUUUGUGAAAAUGCGUAUUGGUGUCCCAAAGUUUGACAAAAUACUGAAAGAAAUACAGGAACAUGGUUGUGUUCCGGUCCAUCGACCCGUACCGGAGAUUCGCAGGGAGCUGAAAGAUGUACAACAGAAACACAAGGAGACUCUGCGGGCACAAACUGAAACACUGAGAGUGAACACGAUCCUGAUGAGGGAGAAGGUGAAGGUUUUCCAGCUGGUUGAUCGAUACGCUGAGCUCACGGUCAUUUCUACUGUUCGAGAUCGGAGACUGGUGGAACAUGAGCUGCUGGCAAGAGGCAGAGACCACGAGGAGUGGAGAGAAAAACAUCUCCGUGGAAUGCUGGAAAAAAUCCGGUCUGAUCAGCUGUUCCAGAGCAGCUUUUCCCGGAGUAAAUCCAAAUCUGGGAGUUCGGCAGCAGUGGCCGGAGUCCCGGGGAUCGGGAAAACAACAAUGGUACAAAAGAUUGUUUACGACUGGGCCACGGAGAAAAUAUACCAACAGUUCCAGUUUGUCUUCAGUUUCAAAUUCCGCGAUUUAAACUCCAUUAACUGCAGAAUAAACCUGAAGGAACUGAUUCUGGAUCAGUAUCCUUACUUUGGGAAUAUCCUGAGAGAGGUCUGGAAGAACCCAGAGGGAUCGCUGUUUAUAUUCGAUGGUUUGGAUGAAUUCAAUGACACAAUUGAUUUUGCUGACAGUCAGAAAGACACAGAACCUCAGUGCACAGAUCCUGAAUUCAAGUGCAAGGUGUCUGACAUUGUGUACAGUCUAAUCCAGGGCAAGCUGCUCCCAGGGUGUUCAGUGCUGGUGACCACCCGUCCCACUGAGUUACAUUUAUUGGAGAAGGCGGCUAUCAGUGUCUGGGCUGAAAUCCUGGGAUUUGUUGGUGAGGAACGGAAGGAAUACUUCAUCAGACAUUUUGAAGAUCAGACGGUGGCAGAAGCUGUUUUCAAACACGUGGAGGAGAAUGAGAUCCUGUACACCAUGAGCUACAACCCCUCCUACUGCUGGAUCCUGGCCCUGGCACUGUGCCCCUUCUUCACACAAAGAGUCAGGGACCCGCAGCGAGUUCCCAAGACCAUCACCCAACUGUACUCCUACUAUAUUUACAACAUCCUGAAAAAUCACGGCCGUGAGAUUGAGAACCCCCGUGAUGUGUUACUCAGAGUUGGUCAGAUGGCCUUCAGAGGAGUGUCCGAGAAGGAGAUUGUGUUUACAGAUGGAGAUCAACUACAAUCUGCAGCCUUCCCAGUUCCUGUCCGGGUUCCUGAUGGAGCUUUUGGAGAGAGAGGAUUCUGUCCUGAGUGUGGUGUACACAUUCCCACACCUCACCAUCCAAGAGUUUGUAGCUGCAGUCGCACAAUUCCUGAAUCCACAUCCAGGGGAUAUCCUGAAAUUCCUCACUGGAGUCCACAGCACGACAGAUGGGCGGUUUGAGGUAUUUCUACGUUUUGUUGCUGGUCUCUCCAACCCAAUGACAGCUCGGGGCCUGGAGGAGUUUCUGGGUCCAUUUCCCAAUGAAACAACCUGUCGGGUGAUUGACUGGGUGAAGGAGGAGGUUAAACGCCAGAG